UCAAGAGGCAGGACUAAGGCUAGCUGGCAACUGUUUUUGUUAUUUCUUAUUCGUGAUUUAGAAGAAGUCUGUCUGCAAGUUGAUCGUGUGCUCUCGUUUUUUUCAGUUCUGACAUACAUAUUAGCGGGCAAUUUAAACAUAUUUUCUGCCAACUUUGGCACCUUCAGAAAUACCUGCACUAUUAAAAUCAACAAAAUGUCAGCACGACUCGAACCUUGUGUAUCGAUUGAUUUUGACAGUUCCGCACUUGAUGAAGUAGUGACUAAAGCUAAAGAUUGGGCACUUAUGCAUGGAGUCUGCAUGAGAUCACGACAAAACUUCAGUCCAGAUUCUAUUAAUUUUGCCCCAUUUGUUCUGGUUCCUUCAACUUUUCCAAAAAAGGAAUUUGAGAAAGCCGUUGAACUGCAAACCCUUGUAAAUGAGAUGAUUUAUCGGAUAGCCAAUAAUUAUGACUUUCUAAAAACCACUUUAGCUAUAACCAACACAGUUGACCCAUUUACUGCACAGCUAUUUAAAAUAUACACCACUGUCCAAGAGGAAGGUGUUUCUCAGGAUAUAGCUUUAGGUUUAAUUCGAAGCGAUGUGAUGCUGGGUGCUGAACCUGAGAUGCCCCUUUCCAGUUUUAAACAGAGGCAAGUGGAAGUUAAUACCAUUGCUGCUGGGUUUGGCUGGCUAGGACCCGCUUCAGGUCAUCUUCAUAGGUUUGUGAUGCAAGAACUCGGUCAUGGAGAUUUACUUCAGCAGCUGCCAGAGAAUAAUGCGUUGGAAGCUCUUUGCGGUGGGAUGCUUAAAGCCUGGGAAAUAUACAAUCAACCUCGGGCUGUCAUACUAUUCAUCGUGGAAGAAACUACAUACAACAUUUGUGAUCAGAGAUUCCACGAGUUUGAAAUUCGCAAGCUGAAUCCAAACGUUCGAGUUGUACGCCGUAGUUUGACACAAUUGGGGAAAGGAGGAGCAGUGCUCGAUGCGGAAAGGAAUUUGAUUGUAGAUGGCCAGGAGGUUGCCGUGGUUUACUUUAGAUGUGGAUAUGCUCCUGAUCAGUACCCGUCAGCUGACGGAUGCGAAUGGGAUGCUCGUCUAAUGAUCGAGCGCUCGAAAGCCAUUAAAUGCCCGAGCAUAUCGUAUCAUCUAGCCGGGACGAAAAAAGUACAGCAGGUGCUAGCUGAACCUGGAUUUUUAGAACGUAUCUUUGAUGAUGCUGAGAAAAUUGCCAAACUCCGCGAUGUUUUCACUGGACUAUACUCCCUCGACCUGAACGAAGAAGGAGAUCGAGCUGCCGAAAUGGCCAUUGCGAAUCCUGAAAAGUAUGUUCUCAAACCGCAGCGGGAAGGAGGUGGAAAUAACGUCUAUGGGAAAGAGGUCGCUGAAGUGUUAAAACAACUUAAAGGGAAUCCUGAAAGAGCUAGCUACAUUCUAAUGGACGUCAUCCAGCCACCGUUGCUUCGAAAUUGGAUGAUACGUCCUUCAACGCAACCUAUGCUUGUAGAUACAUUGAGCGAGCUUGGAAUAUUCGGUGUUAUCAUUGGAAAUUCCAAGGAGAUUUUAUAUAAUUCAAUGGGUGGGCACAUGUUACGUACGAAAAUCCACACCGCCAAUGAAGGAGGAGUUGCUGCUGGACUCGGAGCCCUCGACUCGCCAUUCCUUGUUGAGUUGUGAUUUCCAUCAGAUCAAUUCUGUGUCACGUUUACCUGUAAAGUCACUUCUAUAGUAGGAAAUCGGAAAGGGAACAAUAGAGAAUGCAAUAGCUACCAAAACGAUACUUGUAUUCAUGGUAACUGUUUGAAAUUUUAAUUUCUAUUGGCAACGUUUUGUUUUACUUGUUCUUGCCUGAAGAUGCCUUUCGUCAAUCAGUAAAUGAUGUUUCCUUUAGAAUUUAUUUUAAAAUCGCACGAUAUGGUUAUUACAGAACCUACAGUGAU